AUGGCAACCUAUUUAUAUAACAAAUAUGACGGUGAAAAUAUUGUUGGAUACUACAGAGGAACAACGCCCGAGCUCUUAGUACGAGAUCCUGAAUUAUUGAAGCAUAUACUCAAUUUAGACUUUCUACAUUUCUACAAAAGAGGGUUAGGCCGAGAUCCUAAGGUGGAGCCACUGUUACUGAAUUUAGUGUCCUCAGAAGGUGAUACAUGGAAACUUCUCCGUAAAGGCCUAUCACCAGCAUUCACGAGCAGCAAACUGAAAAAUAUGUUCCCAAUAAUCAAUGAGUGUGCAGACAGAAUGAUAAAUUUAGCAAGUAGAAUGGCAUUAUUUGAAGAAGAGUUUGAUGCUUGUAAUCUUAGUUCCCGAUUUACUAUGGAAUUGAUUGGUGCAUAUGGCUUUGGCAUAGAUAUGAAUACAAUAAACAAUGAGCAUUCACUAUUUAUCAAGCUUCGAGAGAUGAUAUUCAUUAAAUCGAAAUGGCAGAUAUUCUUGUUCGCCAUAAAAGACCUUUUCCCUAAUUCUCUAAUCAAAAAAGUAGUUCUUGGAAAACCGCAGAUUGAACCCACAUUGACUGAGAUUUUGAACGGGAUUCGCCAACAAAGGCAAAACGAUACAAACCCACGUGAUGAUUUUAUUCACUUAUUGUUGGAAUUGGAAAAAGAAGGAAAAAUUUAUAGUGACUCUUUAGAACCAGAUGAAAAUGGUCAAUUUAGAAAAAUUGAACUUGAUUUUGAUGAUGCGUAUGUAAUCGCCCAAUUGUAUGUAUAUUUUGCGGCUGGUUUUGAAACGGCAUCAACAGCGAUGAGUUAUACAAUGCAUCAACUCGCAUUUCAUCCGGAUAUACAAAGAGAAGUUCAAGAAGAAGUUGACAGAGUGCUCGAUAAAUAUGAUAAUAAGUUGUGUAUAGAAGCUGUUUCUGAAAUGACAUUGUUAGAAAUGUGUGUGAAGGAAGGACUCAGGUUAUUUCCUCCUGCUGGUGCAUUAUUCCGAGUAUGUACAAAAGACUUUAGAAUACCAGGAUCAAAAGUGAUGAUUGAAGCUGGUACGAAGUUGAUCGUUCCUGUCCACGGAUUGCAUAUGGAUCCAAAAUAUUUUGAAAAUCCUAAGGAAUUCAGGCCAAAACGAUUUUUACCACAAGCAAAGACAUGGCCUAAAUACGCCUACAUUCCGUUUGGAGAAGGGCCAAAGAAAUGCAUUGCUAUAUUUGUCGCGUCGCUCACAUUUGAAAAUGAGCAUAUGUGA